GAACAAAGAUAAAAAUUCCACGAAACCCCCGAUAUCUGCAAGUGUCUGCAAAAUCUAGGGUUUGUUAGUUCGUCGCUCUCUACAGGGUUUUCUUGCACACACACACAUGCGACCGCCAAACUCUGUCCAAUUUGUUCCCGGAAUCGCCUGAUUUCUUAUACAAUCCCUUCCUCUCUUUGCUUCUCAUUGAAUAUCAAUUUUGAAGGCGGGGUUUUCAAUUUCAAGGAUGAUAAUAUCUUUCCUCUUUAGGUGCUGUUCAUCGUCAUCGCUCGUUACAAAGCUCCGAAAUCUCCGUGUCUUCGGCCCUGGUUUGAAUCCCUUCGCUCCCUACAACAUGGCCGAUCACUCUUCUCGCUAAUUCUUUGCGUACCGCGAUUUUUGUCGUCUUCUUUUCAAUCAUGUAAAAAAAAAACCCCUUGAAAUCUCGUCUUCAGAUCUCAUCUAUUCCUUCAAGUUCUAGGGUUUUACGCUAUUGUGACUCGAAGGUUAUAUAUUAGUUGUGUUGGUUAAACCUUGAAAGUUAAGUUUUUAUUUGAAUUCGAAGCUUCCCAGGACCUGUAGGUAGUUUUCUGGGUGUUAGUACGCCAAAAAAAAAAAGAAGGGUUUGUGUCGUAGCGAUUUAAGGAGAAAUAUUUCUUGUUUCUUGACUUGAAGUUGGAGCUUCGUUGAGCUAUAAACAAGUAGUUUCCUGGUUAUUUUAAUAAUCCGCACCAACAAGUAUGCCGGAAGCCAAAUUGGGUUCGAUUCGAAGGACCCAGAGCUUGCGUAGGUCUGUGGGGGAUAGGGACGAUCGGGGUUGGACUUUACUUCACGUUGGUGCCCGAAGAGGUGAUGUUAGGGAGGUGAAGCGUCUUCUGGAUGAAGGAAUGGAUGUGAACGUGGCUGCUUGGAGCCACAAAUCUCAAGGGGUGACCCCUCUUCAUCUUGCUGCAGAAGGUGGCCACCUCAAAGUUAUGGAUGUUUUGCUUGAGCGUGGUGCAAACAUUGAUGCCCGAACUAAGGGAGCAUGUGGUUGGACUCCACUUCACAAUGCAGCUAAAGAAAGAAAGAAGCAAGCAGUUAAAUUCCUGGUGGAAAACGGGGCAUUCUUGCCUGCUGACAUGAACGACACCAGGUUCAAUCCGCCGCUCCAUUAUUGCCCAGGUCUUGAAUGGGCUUACGAUGAGAUGAGGCGCCUCCAGCAAGAAAAUUCAUCUUCAGCUGAGGCCUCUUGCAGUUCUGAGAGUUAGAGGUCAUCUCUGCUCCUACUUUCUGUAUGUCGCUGCUGUUUCAGUGGACCUUUAAUCUAGGUUGUGUACUUAUCAACUUUAUCAUACCCACUACUGUCAUAUCUUUGUUUCGUACUAUUGGUCUUGUCAUGGACUCAUUUACAGAUUGUUGUUGCUGUUUAAUCAUAUCAUAAAAACCUUGGUAUUAUUGAACAAUAUAUCUUGGGUUUGUUUUUUCUUUUGUACGUGGAAGCUGUACUCUGAAAGGUGGUGUUGCCAUUUUCACCUUUCCUGUAAAUUUGUGUGGAGUAUUUGUCUGCAGUCGGGCAGUUAUAUUUGUCGCUGUUAAAAUGUCUUCUGAUUCAA